AUGGCAUUAGAAAUAGAUAUAGAUAAUGUAAUAUCAAAACUAAUAGAAGUUCGAGGAACAAGACCAGGAAAAAAUGUCAACUUGACAGAAAAUGAAAUAAAAAUUUUAUGUCUAUCGAGCAGAGAAAUAUUUUUAAAUCAGCCCAUAUUACUAGAAUUAGAGGCACCAAUUAAAAUAUGUGGAGAUAUCCACGGCCAAUUUUAUGACUUGUUAAGACUCUUUGAGUAUGGAGGUUUUCCUCCGGAUGCAAAUUAUUUGUUUUUAGGAGAUUACGUCGAUAGAGGAAAACAAAGUUUAGAAACGAUUUGUUUACUGUUAGCUUAUAAAAUAAAAUAUCCAGAAAAUUUUUUUUUACUAAGAGGAAAUCACGAAUGUGCAUCGAUUAAUAGAAUAUAUGGAUUUUAUGAUGAAUGUAAAAGAAGAUAUAGCGUAAAAUUAUGGAAGACAUUCAUUGAUUGCUUCAACUGUUUACCAGUUGCAGCAAUAAUUGAUGAAAAAAUUUUUUGUAUGCAUGGUGGGUUAUCACCAGAAUUAAAUAAUAUGGAACAGAUUAGAAAGAUAACAAGACCAACGGAUGUUCCUGACAAUGGCUUAUUGUGUGAUUUACUGUGGUCCGACCCAGAAAAGGAAAUAAAUGGAUGGGGAGAAAAUGAUCGAGGGGUUUCAUUUACUUUCGGUCAGGAUAUAGUUCAAAAUUUUUUAAGAAAACAUGAAUUAGAUUUAAUAUGCAGAGCGCAUCAGGUGGUGGAAGAUGGCUAUGAAUUUUUUGCAAAAAGACAGUUAGUUACCUUAUUUUCAGCUCCAAAUUAUUGUGGAGAAUUUGACAAUGCCGGUGCCAUGAUGAGUGUCGAUGAGACACUAAUGUGUUCAUUUCAAAUUUUAAAGCCAGUUGAAAAAAAAAAAACUUCCAAUUAA